UAGACUUCUCCUUCUCCUACCGUUUACUACACCAUCUACCUGCUUUGUCGUGCACCCUCUUUGAACUCAUUUUUUCUUGUAAUAAUGGCCUCCAUCCUUCGCCUUCUUCAAACCAUCCACAUCUUUGCAGAGAGACAGAAAUAGAGCAUGGCGAAGUCACUGGGACCAACAGGGGAGUUCUUCUGGAGGAUGGACGAGUGGAGGAAGCACGCGAUGCUGACCAACCAGCUCCGCCAUGCCACUCCUGGCCUCGGCAUAGCCGUCGUCGCCUUCGGAGUCACUGGGACCAACAGGGGAGUUCUUCAGGAGAAGGGACGAGUGGAGGAAGUACCCGAUGCUGACCAACUAGCUCCGCCAGGCCACUCCUGGCCUCGGCAUAGCCGUCGUCGCCUUCGACAUCUACCUCGUCGGCGAAGCCUUCUACAACAAGAUCUACGCUCUCGCUCACUCUCACUCUUCGUCUUCUUCCGCUUCUCACACUCACUGAGAAGCAACACCCAUCAACAUCUCUCAGGUGAAUGCUUGACGCAAGGAACAAAGCUUGACCGUGUAUACCAGUCUGUCCUGUUUCUGUUUGUGUUAAAUAAAGCCUACACUUAGACAUGAUGGACUUGUGCCUUCAUUUAGUUGGAAUCUUUGAUUGUAGACUCGUGAAUAGUGUGGUUUGAUGGACUGUCUGUUUGUGUUACUACUAUUACCCGCUACUUAUUCUAGCUAUUGCAUCUGCCAUUCCUCACCCUGCC